AUGAUGUUGACGUUGCGUUUUGCCAGUGAGACUAAUGGUCACACGAAAUUCAACAACCGUCGUUUUGAUGUUGUUGUGCUCACUGCAGGGGCGCACCCGGGUCCGUUAACGUGUGGUUCCUCGCAACUCCCCAUUAUCGGCUUAAGCAGGUGCUAUGUCGCGUUCACGGCGAAUUCUGGCGCUGUGGCAUCCACCCCGCUUGCAGACGCGCUAGAGCGCGUUGCGCCAGGCAUGGUUGCGUUGUCCUCCAGCGGUAAUCUUGUGGCAUACAAAGUCUCCGAUGGAGGUGGCGCUGAAAGCAUUGCGGAGGAUCGUUUUAUUGUGCAAGGCUUGAUGUCAUUUGACUCCACAAGCAAGUCAGUAGUCAAUGUUGUAGGAAUGUUAAAGCGUCUAGAAAAGUACCUUCGUGUGAGGUGUGGUCUUGAUAUCUCACUUUUGCCAGAGUAUCAGAAACAACGACUCCAGCGUGACGGUGUGGCGGAAGGAGCAGCUCAGCCAAAUCAUAUGACAGUCACGAGGUAUAUUCGUUCAUAUACUCCAGACGGUGUGCCGCUGAUAGCGAAUAACGGGGCGGCGUUUAACUGCUUUGUUUGCACUGGUUUUGGCGACCAUGUCGCGGACAUGGCACUUGGUUCGGCGAAGAUCUUGGCGAAACUUAUUGGCUCGCAGGCGUCUGUGAUGUUGCAAUGCGACGAGGAGGAAAUACAGCACUGUGGCAAACACAUUGAACCUGUGAUGACGGAAAGACGUAUUGUUUAA